UGUUCAGUCAUGUGACAAAAGUAGGAAGUUGUGAAACAGGUAGAAUUGCCAGGUCCAUGCAGCUCUGCAGAUAUCUUCUCAUUUAGUACAUUUUUCUACUUCUUUUAUGUCUAUGUUUGCAGUCAUGCCCUACAGAUAAAGGAGACCUUUGGAAAUGUACCAUAUACAUUUGUUUAUCCUGUCUUUAUCUGCGUCGCCCUUUGUUGAAGCUUCACUCCCGCUAGUCAUAAACACUUGGCCAUUCCGAGAUGCGACUGCAGCAGCGUGGAGCGCCCUGCAGAGGGGAGCGAGUGCGCUGGACGCGGUGGAGCAGGGCUGCAUGACCUGUGAGUGGGAGCAGUGCGACGGCAGCGUGGGCUACGGAGGGAGUCCUGACGAGAACGGAGAGACCACGCUGGACGCCAUGAUCAUGAACGGAGAUACUAUGGAGGUGGGUGCGGUGGCAGACCUGCGCAGGAUCAAGAACGCCAUCAGCGUAGCACGAGCUGUGAUGGAACACACCACACACACGCUGCUGGCAGGGGAGUCAGCGGCUUUAUUUGCACAGAAUAUGGGUUUCAAAGCCGAAGACCUCACGACCAACACGUCCCAGAGUAUAUUCGCCAAAUGGCUGGGUCAGAACUGCCAGCCUAACUACAGGAAGAACGUGUCUCCUGAUUCCAGAACAUCCUGUGGGCCCUACAAACCCAGCCCUGGGGCGCAGAGGACAGAUCAACAGAACCACACCAGACUGGACAUCCACUCACACGAUACCAUUGGAAUGAUUGUGAUUGGUCGCCAUGGAAACGUGGCAGCUGGAACGUCGACCAAUGGAGCGAAGCACAAAGUACCCGGUCGAGUGGGGGACUCUCCCAUCGCUGGUGCAGGAUCAUAUGCAGACAGCACAGUGGGAGGAGCAGCUGCCACGGGCGACGGCGAUGUGAUGAUGCGUUUCCUUCCCAGCUUCCUUGCGGUUGAGCUGAUGAGGAGCGGAAUGGAGCCGUCCAUCGCGUGUAAAACAGCCCUGACAAGAAUCAAGACACACUACCCAUGGUUCUUUGGGGCCCUUAUCUGUGCCAACAUCAAAGGGGAAUAUGGUGCAGCCUGUAACCGUGUGGCUGGAUUUAGUCAAUUCUCCUACAUGGUGUCCGACCCCUUGACCAACGAGCCCCUCCUGAAGAAGGUGGACUGCUUCUAAUGACCCAAAUGCACAGUGGGUGGCUCAUCUUAGUUGCGUGUCGCACUGUUAAAUAACUAUGUUGAUUUUUAAUGAAGUUGUGAAAAUUGUGUAAUUGCACUGAGCCCCUGAAGUCCCAUAAGGAGAUCUUUUUUUUUUAUCUUGUGCGCAUUAUCACCAUACAGGACUUUUUACUAACACAAUUUAAAAGAAAAGAAAAUGUAGGCUUUUUAAAAACAAACCUUUGAGCACAUUUGUAUGUUAUUAUGUAAAUGCAGUGUUAUGAUCAAGAUGUAUAAUGGUAACAACAUAUUUCUGUGGGUGUAGCAGUCAGUCAAUGCAAAAAUAAACGAAUGUGUUCAAACUGUU